UCCGCCUCUCCCUCCUCCGCCUCUCCCCCCUCCUCCUCCUUCUUCUUCCUCUUGGCUCAGCAUCUGUGCCAAAACGGCCGUAAGUAGCAAACAUGGCUUGCAGCGAGGACCAUUAUUAUGAAAAGGUAACGUCGAUUCAGCAAAGCCUGCGACAAAGAGAGAAACGGAGACUGGAGUUGGAGAGGGACUUGUUUGCUUACUCCAGAUCUGAUAAAAGGAUCUUACAGAUAAAAUGUUCCAAACUGCGCAGUUAUCUCAAGGAAAUCUCUAACAGGGAAGCACAAGCGAAAAUGAGAAACCUUGAGCUUCUGAGAGAUGUGGAGUGCAUAGAAAAUAGCAUGAGGGAAUAUCACUCUGACCAUGGUAGUCUGCAACAACAAAAGGCUGACUUUUUCAGAAAGAUUUCUAAACAUAUGGAGGAAAGGAAGAAAAUGGAUAAAGAGGUUGAGGCAGACAAGAUCAAAGUUGUGCAUAGAAAGCACUGGGACACCUCCCUCUCUCAUCCAGCUAAGAAUUUUACACAACCACCAACAAUACAUUUUAUGGACCACCAGACCUCCAGAGCAUCUGGUGCUGAAGCUGGCACCACAAGUGCACACUCGCACCAAGCAUGGCAUCAUUCACCCUAUCGCAGCUUGCACUCUGGUGAACGUUCACCAAGUGGCCUUUUGAAGAACUGUAGAGUUAGCGGUGAGGAUGCCGCCGGCAACCGAGCACAUUUAUCAGAUGACAUUUCAGACUCAAACGAUUCCCCAGACGCCUGCAAUUUGAGUGACAAACAUGAAAGAAAGAUGGAGGUGCUCCCAUCCGUUUGUGCCUUGACAUGCGCGUCUGGCAGCGUGCCUUUUGGAAGUGAUGAUGAACAGGAACGGCCACCUCAGGUGACCUUGAUGGGACCUGAGAAGAAUCAGUCUCCCAGUGGCAGAGGCCUGACUGGGGCUAAGGAUUCCCCUGCAGAAAACACCAACUCCCCAGAUAUCACUCAUCAGUCAUCCAUAAUGGAAACUGCAGAUGGAGGUCUCACCCUGGUGAUGCCUGAAACCACUUUUGAAAAAGAGGCUCAGCAUAAACCAGGUAGCCGUGAAAGUGUCAGCACACCAAGUUCUGACGUGCAGUUGUCAGAGAGCAGUGAGAGUGACCUGUCUAUUUCUCUGACACAAUCUGAGCUGGAAGAUGAUCUUCAAGAGGACGUGGAGUCUGAGAGAAAUGCCACGUCUGCAGAGAGUCCUGAUCACAGCCAGCACAGUCCAGAUCCAUCCAAGAACACAUCAUCAGCAGUGGCCUUGCAAAGACUCUCCCAGGAAGGACUAUUUAAUCUGCUCGACACCAUCGAAGGACGGCUCCGCGGUGAACGGACCACUUUGUAUAGGGAUUCUUCAGUCGAUGGAAGACAACUCAAUAGACUUAUCGGCCUUUGUAACGGUGGUGCGGACUUGAAUGACGAGGACCUCGGAGCAUGUGGAGCCGUCGUCCUUCAUGAGCUGCAGAGGUUGUCAUGGAGCACAGCAAAGGGCUGCCUGCUGCCACGGGAUCUAGUGAGUUCUCACCAGUCCAGCCCUGAUCCUACUGAAAUAAGCACCAGCCUCCCUCCUGAUGCCGCUCGGCUGUGGGAUCGCUGGUUCAAGCACGCCCUUCUGCUGAAGGAGCACCGUGUCCUCAACACUGAGCAUUUGGUCCAGCUGUUCACGCCACUGCUGCUGGAGCGCCAUGCCUCUUACAGCCACCAGGCCAAAGUGCUGCUGAGGACACUUCUGUCCCGGUCCAGUGAGGAGUGCCCCUCAGCAGAGGACGAGAGAGAUUUGUCUUCUCCGUGUGAUUCUUCGCCUCUCAUAACUGACAGUGAUGUGAAGGCUGCCAGGCCAGUGCAAAGGCAACAGAUUCAAGAACUACAAAGUGCUGAAGAGGACAGCCACGACGAAAGCCCUGUGGAAAGUGUUCCUAUUAGAGUGAAUAAUGGGCUCUUUUAAGCAGUGGCUGAGGCAGGAUGAUCAAGGUGAAUCCAGGGUCAAAGUCCCACCUGAAGAGCCCUGCUAGUUCUCUCUAAUUAUCUGCAAGAAAACCCUAGCCAUGUUUUCAGCCUCGUCUGAGGCAUUCGGGCAAAAUUGAUAAUGUGGCCGCUUUAAUUGUCUGGACGUCAGGGUGGGAAGCGCCAAAGAUCUGUCGUCGCUUCUCAUUAUCUUCUAAACAAUGCUCUGGCCAAGGCUGGACUUGAAAAAUACUAGAUGUGAAGGCAUCCUGGAAGCAGUUGGCAUGCCCAUCCCUCAGCCGAACCUCUGAAAUGCAAAGCAAUCCUAUAUUACCCUUGGUCUAUCAGAUUUCCUACUGGGUGUUUGGUGUCUGCAUCCCUAAGGUGCACAGCCAGUGUGAAAGAGCCCAGUUUCCACUUAAUCAAAAGAGACAUAACCAGCUUAAAAAAAAAGAUUGUGCAAGGAAGAAGGUUUUGCUGUGCUGAGCAACAUCAGUGUCACAAUCAAAUACCAUGACUUGAUAGAAAAUGGCAGUAAUUGCCAAGACAGGAUUCUGUAUAGACAGUGUUUUUUAAAAAAAAGAUUACAUAUGAAAGCUUUGACUGUAUAGAGUGUUUUAGAGAUUCAGCGAUUCUCAUGCACUAUAGUUUCAGACAAAAUGAUAUUAAAAGUAAUAUUUCUUUUUAUCCUGAAAUCAAGUUGUUGGGAUGUGUUGCUCUUUCCUUUGACAUGCUCUGUGUGUUUUAGCCACAUCAUUGAGACAACAAGCCAUUUAUUAUCUACUUCUGCUCUGUUGAUUUUUGCCAGUGCAGUCUCUGCGCUCCUCUCAAAUAUGAGACCUGCUUUAGUGUGCCGGAAAGUAAUUAUGAGUGUUUUUUUUUUUGGUUUUUUUAAACAGAAAAUCAAUCAUUGCCUUCCUGCGAGGGGAUGCUGCGAUAAUGCGAGAUGCUGAUUGCUGUCUCAUGGAAACUGUAGCUACAUACUGUAGGCUUGAAUCAACAGCUUAGCUGAUUGAGCAGUGUUUUCACCCUCUCUGUACACCAGCGAGACCAAAAGCCUCGACUACUGAAGCAUGUUGUCUCAACAAACACAGAAACCUCUGAAAGUUGGAAACCUGGCUUUUAAGCAAAUAUUUGACUGUGUGCGUGUGCAUGUGUGUGUGUCCUUGAGCAGAGACAAAAGCAUAUCAGUUACUCAAACAAUCAGCCAUGCAGAAAAGGCCGCAGAGCUCUGGAGAGGAGGAGGACGACGAUGAGGAGGAGGAGGACGAUAGCAUCUCAGG